UCUCCUACCAGUGGGUAGAUCUGUUCUCUCUUUCUUGCAUUUCAUUCCUCUCCUCAAUUUUGCAUAUAAAUACUCACUUCUUCACCCCGCCCUUCUUACCUUUCUUCCUAUUCUCCCGCAUCUCUCUCUAGUCAACUAUACUCUCUUAUUACAGAUAGUAAAAAUGGUGAAGAUUUGCUGUAUUGGGGCUGGUUAUGUGGGAGGCCCUACUAUGGCCGUGAUAGCACUCAAGUGCCCAAAGAUCGAAGUUGUAGUGGUUGAUAUCUCUGUGUCUCGGAUCACUGCAUGGAACAGUGACCAGCUUCCGAUCUAUGAGCCAGGUCUAGAAGAUGUAGUUAAGGAAUGCCGUGGGAGGAACCUUUUCUUCAGCACUGAUGUUGAAAAGCACGUUGCUGAGGCCGACAUUGUUUUUGUCUCUGUCAAUACCCCGACCAAAACCACAGGUCUUGGAGCAGGCAAAGCUGCUGAUUUGACCUACUGGGAGAGUGCUGCCCGUAUGAUUGCUGAUGUUUCUAAAUCUGACAAAAUCGUUGUUGAGAAAUCAACUGUCCCUGUGAAAACUGCUGAGGCAAUCGAAAAGAUUCUGACACACAACAGCAAAGGGAUCAAAUACCAGAUCCUCUCAAAUCCCGAGUUCCUUGCUGAAGGUACUGCUAUCCAGGACCUUUUUAACCCUGACAGAGUUCUCAUUGGUGGUCGGGAAACCCCAGAGGGCCUGAAGGCAGUCCAGUCAUUAAAGGAAGUGUAUGCUCAAUGGGUUCCUGAGGACCAGAUCUUGACCACUAAUCUUUGGUCUGCUGAGCUCUCAAAGCUUGCUGCCAACGCCUUCUUAGCACAGAGGAUUUCAUCUGUUAAUGCAAUGUCAGCACUCUGUGAGGCAACCGGUGCAGAUGUUACCGAAGUAGCAUAUGCUGUUGGUAAGGACACUAGGAUUGGCUCCAAGUUUUUGAACGCUAGUGUCGGUUUUGGUGGGUCUUGCUUCCAGAAAGACAUUCUGAACUUGGUAUACAUUUGUGAGUGCAACGGCCUCCCUGAGGUAGCUGAGUACUGGAAACAGGUCAUCAAGGUCAACGAUUACCAGAAGACCCGUUUUGUAAACAGGGUUGUUGCCUCCAUGUUCAACACUGUUUCAAACAAAAAGAUUGCUGUUCUUGGAUUUGCAUUCAAGAAGGAUACAGGUGAUACUAGGGAGACACCUGCCAUUGAUGUGUGCAAGGGGUUGUUGGGAGACAAGGCAAGGUUGAGCAUCUAUGACCCGCAAGUAACAGAGGAUCAGAUUCAGCGUGAUCUCACCAUGAAAAAGUUUGACUGGGACCAUCCCAUUCACCUCCAACCCACAAGUCCGACGACUGUGAAGCAAGUCAGCGUGGUUUGGGAUGCUUAUGAGGCCACAAAAGAUGCUCAUGCUGUCUGCAUUUUGACAGAAUGGGAUGAAUUCAAGAAACUUGAUUACAAGAGGAUUUUUGACAACAUGCAGAAGCCAGCUUUUGUGUUUGAUGGAAGGAACAUCGUGAAUGCUGAUGAGCUAAGGCAGAUUGGGUUCAUCGUGUACUCGAUUGGUAAGCCUUUGGAUCCCUGGCUGAAGGACAUGCCUGCUGUGGCUUAGGUUUCGGUUAAGAGGUCUUUGCUGGGGUGCAGAUUUGAGAGUUCAUAUCAGGAUUCAAUUUAGUUUCAUUCAUUCAUAUCUAGAGCUCUUCUAAGCUGUUGUACUUUUAAUUUUCUUUUUUAUAUUGUUCGACGUACCCCAAAAAAUGUUCAUUAACCAGGAACACAACCAGCUUUGCAGACUUGGUUGCGUCCCUUUAUUUUACCUUGAAUUGUAUUUUUGAUGCUGCAGCCUUUUGAUAGAAAUAUGUAUCUCCAAUUUAUGGAUUUUGUUGUAAUUUGUAUUCAGUUCAAAAAUAAUUAGAUGUUCAAACUUGUUUUUAUGGUUGAA